AUGAAGCUUUCCAAAGUCAUUCCGGCUUUGUUCCACUUGUCCCUCUCCGCCACCUGCUAUGCAGCGAAAUCAUUCUCCGCUUCGAAUCUUUACUAUGCUGCUGGCCUGAAUACCCAGCAACAGACCACAUUGUUCCAAGGCCUCCAGAGCGCUGGCAUCAAAGUCCUACGAGUAUGGCUUGACGGUCAAUCGGGAAGCGAGAAAGGCACAACGUUGGAAGACUUCAACAGCCUCCAGGGUGAUAGUCCUGAUGCGUGGGAUGACACUGUGCUCAGCCGCCUCGACAACUUUAUGGUUCACGCCCAUGAGUACGGCAUCAAGCUACUCGUCUCUGUCCACAGUUAUCCCAUCGAGUGCUGCAAGGCGACAGUACAUUGA